AUGCGAGCUCGCGAGAGCAUGCCUCCGCCGACUCUGACCCGCCCGCAUACUGUGACACAUACACAUCGGGGUGGCAAGGGGAGGGAGCCGCCCUCUCACGACGACGAUGACUCUCGCAAGGGCCGGUCUAGAGUUAGGCGGAGGGCCAGGUCAAGGUCCCUGUCGGAAUCGGAGAGGAGCAGGACGAGUAGCGAGGCCACACGGACGCCGAGGUCGGCCCGUGUAAACCAUUCAACCCCGGAUUCGAGGCGUUCGUCGAGGAGCUAUUCCAGUCGCAGACCGUCUAGCGUCGACUCUGCCUCGUCCAUCUCGACACAGAGUGAGGUCAAGGAGAUACUGCGCCGGAAGCCCGCAGACAUCGAGGUGUUGCCGGACAGGGAGAAGGUGAGCCACCGACGGCACCGCCGGAGACAUAGGGGGAAGGAGGCGGUUGUCUAUGAGGAACCCGAUGUCUACGAAGACGAGAUUACACAAACUUACAAACACGUCGCUCCGGGUGCUAUGAGUAAGGGUGCUCACCGGCGAAGUCACCGGCAUCAUUCAGAAUCCCGGAGCCCUUCACGUAGACGGCAUCGCCACCACGAUAAUCGAGACGAGGUUAAAACAUCGUCUAGAUCCAAACGGGGUACCAAGAAGUACUACAAGUCCGAUAGCGCGCCGCUUGAGCGACCGAAACUUCCACGAUCGUCCAGCUCCAAUAUCACCUCCUCUCAUAGCGUGAGUGCCUCAUCCAGAAGGUCUUCUUCGACGUUCAUCAGCAAUUUCUUUGGGUCGUCAGUCCAUCCCGCACGGCCUGUUAAAUAUGUCGAAUGUGUUGCCUGCCUGGACGAUGAAGUUCCAUCUAAUAAAACGGCCAAACUCAAGUGUGAACAUAGGAUGUGCCAUUCUUGCAUGAAGCGCAUUUUCAAGGUAUCCAUCAAGGACCCGCAAAUGAUGCCUCCCAAGUGCUGUACAGAACAGCCGAUUCCGGUAAAACACGUAGAGCGCCUGUUCGACACCAACUUCAAGAAAACUUGGAACCAGAAAUUUCACGAGUAUUCUACCCGCAACCGGAUCUACUGUCCUUCGCGGAGGUGUGGCGAAUGGAUCAAGCCGGAUCGAAUACAGAAGUUCAAGGACGGCCGCAAGUAUGCAAAGUGCGGCCAAUGCAAGACAGAAGUGUGCUGUGUCUGCAACGGAAAGUGGCACAGGUCCAAAGAUUGUCCUCGCGACGAGGCGACCAACGAGAUCCUAGAGCAGGCAAAGGAGUAUGGUUGGCAGCGUUGUUACAACUGCAAAACGAUGGUGGAGCUGAAGGAAGGCUGCAAUCACAUGACUUGUCGUUGUGGGUCGGAGUUUUGUAUGAUAUGUGGUUCGAAGUGGAAGAGUUGCGAGUGUCCCUGGUUUAAUUACGACGCGGUCGAGCAGGAUCGACUGGAACACAUCACUGUGCAUGAGGAAAGAGACAGAUCCUCUCCGCGAGAGAGCCGUGGGCACAGCACCAGGCAUCGCGCGCAGACGUACGAGGAAGAGAUUUUAAUGCGGCGUGAACAGGAGCGACGCGAUGAAGAUUUCGCUCGGCGACUACAGUACGACGAUACGGAUGACGAUUAUAUCGACAGCUAUGGCAAACUGGUUGGGAUCGGCAAUUCGGCCGGCCAUUUUAUGAAUGAUGACUACAGACGAACGCCACGAGUAGUACCUCCAGCACCCUCUCCACCUCUGGCGGCGGUGGACAGGGCUAACACGGGGGAUUAUGUGACGGGCGUCAACCGGGCUCGAGGAGUUCGUGCAAGUUCAAUGGAACGACGAUUGGCCGAUAGAUUUUCGGAGCAACGCCACGGUACCAGUCCAACCCACCGAUCUUACACCCACCCAAUGCCACCUCCGCCACCGCCUCCUCUAGGUCUCGGCAUGAGCCCCCCGCUGCCAACUCAACCACCACCAGGAAUGCCCUUUGUCAGGAGGCACACGAUGGAGGAAGACUUAUACGGCGGUCCGUCUCAUGUACGGAUGGCCGAGCGGAUGACUCCCGGCCGCGCUAGGCUUGAUUACGAGGCCGAGGCAGCAAUCCAUGCCCCUAUAAGCCGGAGACGGCCUAGGGAGCCGAUGCACGAGCCGCCGAGAGAUUCGGUGCUGGCCGGGCUUUCCGGCCCACGGACCGGCAUGAAUCGCGUAUUCGAGUGGCGCAAUCACGUCGCCCCUGGAGAGCCAGAUAAUGCUCACGGCAUUGCUGCUCGGUAA